AUGGAACCUGCAUUCUACCGUGGCGAUAUCUUGUUUCUGACCAAUCCCGAGGACGUGCCGUAUGAAGUAGGGGAUAUCACUGUCUACAAAAUACCAGGAGCAGACAUCCCCAUCGUCCACCGCGUUAUCGAAUCACAUUCCACCAACACCACCCAACGCCUGCUCACCAAAGGCGACAACAAUCCAUCAGACGAUAUCGUGCUCUACAAUGGAGCAGAGUGGAUUGAGAGGGAGCAGAUUGUAGGGAAGGUGAGGGGGUUCUUGCCGUAUGUGGGGUAUGUGACUAUUGCUAUGAACGAUUUCCCGCAACUAAAGUACGCCGUCCUCGCCAUCGUCGGCGGGUUCGUCCUUGUUCAGGGAGAAUAG